ACCCCGAUUAAAGUGUGUUUGUACAGAGGUUUGCUGCUCCCAGCUCACAGCUGCCUCCUCUCCCUCGCUGCCUCACUGCAGGGGGAGAGGCAGCACACGAGCUGGCCCCAGGGAAGAGGGGGAAUAUCCCUGGAACAGAGAAGUGCUGGGAUAAAUGGGGCUCCAGAACGCCAAGUGCUGCCCAGGGAAGCGAGCCAACAUCGUGAUGCUGGGGCUGGACUUUGCGGGGAAAUCCACGCUGCUCUGCAAGCUCAGGUACAAAGAUGCUUUCCUGACAAUCCCCACCAUCGGCUUUAACGUGGAUAUGAUCGAAGCAGGGAAAGAUUUCACGCUGACAUUUUGGGAUGUUGGGGGACAGAAGAAGAUGAGAGAGCUCUGGAGCAAUUUCCUGGAAGACACCGACGGGCUGCUGUACGUGGUGGACAGCGCUGCCAAGCACCGGCUGGAGGAAUCCAGGAGGGAAUUCGAGCUCAUUUUAAAGAGUGAAUCCCUAAAGAACGUGCCUGUGGUGGUGCUGGCGAACAAGCAGGACCUGCCUGGAGCUCUGAACGCCGAGGAGAUCACCAGGAGGUUCAAGAUGAAGAAGUACUGCAGUGACAGGAACUGGUACGUGCAGCCCUGCUGUGCCAUCACCGGACAGGGCCUGCCAGAGGCUCUCCAGAGAGUGACCACCUUUGCCAGGCACUACAGCAAGUCCAAGGAGACUUUCACCACCCUGAAGGAGCUCAGUGCCUUCUGAGGAUUCCUAGCAUCCAUUUCUGGUGACUCUUAACGUGUUUUGU